UCCAAAUGAAAAUGCAAUUAGCAGAGAGAGUCGGCAUAACUUGUGACACAUGGACAUCGCUGUCAACUCAAUCCUACAUGACGGUGACUUCCCACUACAUCGAUAACGAGUGGCGCCUCGCGUCUUAUGUGCUGCAGACCACCGAAGUUACUUCGAGCCACACCGCUGCAAAUCUAGCCGAAAUGUUGACGGGGACCAUACAGAAAUGGGGGCUGACCAGCAAACAACCAGCGGUUGUUACGGACAAUGCUGCAAAUAUGGUUCGUGCAGUGGAAAUAACGCAACUGAUGCAUGUCGGCUGCUUCGCGCACACGCUGAACUUAGCCUCACAAGCAGGUCUAAAAAUCCCCGCUGUGUCACGUCUGCUUGCUCGUGUGAGGCGUAUAGCAGCAUUCUUUCACCGAAGUACAACACUUGACGUGGUGACAAGAUGGAACAGUGCACUGGACAUGCUGGAGCGCUUUUUGGAGCAACAACCAGCCAUCUCUGCUACUCUCCUUUCUCAAGACGUGCGCAGGAAUGAAAAGGAUUUGUGCACCCUAACAGAGGAAGAUGUAACAACUGCUGAGGAUUUGGUCCGGGUGUUGAAACCGAUGAAAGAAGCUACGUUGGCGAUGUCGGAGGACAAGCAGCCAACUCUUUCCGUCAUCGCCCCACUGCUCGCCCUGCUUCAGGAUGCCUUCACCCCCAGCCUAGAAGACAGCGCUGUAGUCAGGGACUUAAAAGCUGCUGUAAAGAAUAACUUGGGGACAAGAUAUGAUGGACAAAAGGACACCUUGUAUGCAGCGUCCGCGCUGGAUCCUCGCUUUAAGGCCCUUCCAUUCCUGUCUGCUUCAGAACAAAAUGACACCUUCUCCAGGCUGCAGGCUGAGGCUGCCACUGCUGCACGUGAUCAAGAUGGUGGCAAUGAUACUGAUAAAGAAGCUGAGGAUACUUUGCCCAAGAAGCCAAAGAAAUCCAGCACCUUGGAGUCUCUCCUUGGGACAGUCUAUUCAACAACAGUAAAAGAUCAAUCUCACAAUUAA